AUGGGACGCUAUGUCCCCCCGGACCAAGAAGGUCUCACAACUGGCAACAAGCUUGCCAACAAGCACCCCCUAGGCGCCCGCGCCCGACACUUGCAUACCACUGGCGAACUUACAGUCCGUUUCGAAAUGCCCUUUGCCGUCUGGUGUUCCACAUGCAAGCCCGCCGAUAGCGUUCUAAUCGGGCAGGGCGUGCGUUUCAACGCACUGAAAAAGCGCGUGGGGAACUACUACUCAACGCCAAUCUACAGCUUCCGCAUGAAGCAUACGGUUUGCGGUGGCUGGAUAGAGAUCCGCACUGACCCGAAAAACACCGCGUAUGUAGUCACAGAGGGUGGGCGAAGGAAGGAUACGGGCGAGUUGGACAAAGGUGGCUACGAGGAGGACGGAGAAAUUACGUUACGGAUACCCCAUGAUGUUGGCUCGGGUAACUCUACGGAGAAGGAUGCGUUUUCGAAACUCGAGGGGAAAGUGGCGGAUCAGAAACGGGUUAUGACGGAGAAGGCGCGCAUGGAGGAAUUGAUGAAACGGCAGGAGCGUGAUUGGGAGGAUCCAUAUGAACAGUCACGUAGACUGCGGAGGGUGUUUCGGGCAGAAAGGAAACGGAGGGAGGCUGCGCAAGGAGUUACAAAGGCGCUGCAGGAUAGGAUGAGUUUGGGGAUUGAGUUGUUGGAGGAGUCUGAGGGGGAUCGGUUGAGGGCAAAAAUGGUGGAUUUUGCCCCUGCAGGCGAUAAUGCCGUGGGUGGAGCGAUUGUUCGCCAUGCGAUUUCGAAGCCACUAUUUGAGACCAAGUCGCUUCCGCUCACCCCUCCGGAUAGAGGACGGGCAAAAAAGGAAAAGCGGCCAAAGAAACCAGACGCUAUUGUAGCAGAGCGGAAGUCGCUGUUACAGAAAGAGUUAAGUGGAAAUACGAAGGCGGCUAUUGACCCUUUUUUGCUGGAUGACAAUUCAGAUUGGACCCCUGGGGUUAAGCGGCGGAAGAUGCUCGAAUCUACCGCUGGGGUGUCCUCCGGGAAUAGACCGCAACAAGAACAGAAACACGACGGCUCCGAUGAUAAGGAUUAUCAUACUAGCAAUAUUCCGAACAUAGUAAAUGUAAUUAGGCCACCGCAGUUAACGGCUACGGGUGCAGAUGAAGAAGCCUCCAACCCCCGACGAGUAGCAUCGGCCACACCCCUGGUAGGAUAUGAGUGGUCAGAUGAUUCCGAAUAA